AUGGGUGAAUCAUUGGAUAGAGACGGUGAAAAAGCUCGCUGGCCAAUACCUGCUCCUCCUAGGGUCAAAAGACCUCCGCCCAUUAAAGCGCCAGAGUAUGUGAGUGCAGGUGAUGGCUCGCCAUUGAAAGUUCAUUCCACAGGCUCAAUACUGCUCUCAAAAUUAAAAGAAACUGAUUGUUUCAAAUCCUUCUCGAAGCCGUGCAUCUUUUACGAUGUCCCACCUGGAUUCGGUGUCUUUCUCUCCCUCGACAAACUUGUCCUCAGUAGGGAAAACGUCAACACACCAAAUGCUAGAUACAGGAAUCCAAACAGAUCGGACAAAAUGAGGCUGAAGAGUCUCAUCUCGUACAAAGUUUACGACGCACACGGAAACUUUUUGCUCAACGCAUUGGAAGACGGUCCGUGGUUGGAUAGGUUGUGCUGUGAGGAGGCCAGAGGAUUUGAAGUGAAGUUCACAAACGAAGAAGGAGAGGCAAGUGCUACGAUAAUGAGAGCGCAGCGCAAAUACAAGAACUGUACGUGCUUUCCGUGCUUUCUAACCGGCUGCUGUCGGUGCAACUCCACCGAGAUGACCGUGGUCGAUGCUGAUGGGGUUCCUGUUGGGACGAGUUGUUUGAGGCUGGUGUUCUGGAUAUUUAACCACGAACACGAUCCAUCGUUCAUCAUCAGCGGGCCUUGCUUCAACAUCCAGAAACCACUGUGUAUCUUCUACAAGAUGCAUGACAAGUUCUUCAUCUACCCCCUAACAAAGUGUGGCACGCUCGGAAAGAUAUCCAGGGAGUUCGGCACAAUGGCCUACGAGGGCUAUCAUGACAAACAUAUCCUGCUUGCCGAGUUUCCAAUGGACUUUGAUAUUCGCGUGAAGGCUGUCCUGCUGGCUGCCAUGUCUAUGCUGGAAAUAAUGUACUUCGACCUGAUGGACAUGCGGCCACUCGCUAAGUUCAUCUCACCUAAGACUGGACAGAAACAACCCAAAAAGUUAUAA